AUGGUUGAAUGGUACCAUGAACGGACAUCGAAGAUUUUAGAAGGUAAAGCCAAUACAGGGUGGGUUUCAGGAUGUUUAGACCUUAAAGCCGACAAGAACCAUACACAUACCAUUGCAAAUAUUACAAACUUACAAGAAACCUUAAACAGGAAAAGUGACGUUGGACAUACACAUACCAUUGCAAAUAUUGCAAACUUACAAGAAAAGUUAGAUGACAAAGCUGACAAGAACCAUACACAUACAAGUUUUACAACUGUUGCUAUAGAAAGUAUUGAAGGAACGGUUGAAGAAACUGGUGGGGAUGCAUUAUAUUGUAAACCUCCUAACUUUCCACAAGGUUUAACAUCGGAUGACGACAUAACGACGAUGAGAAACAUUAGAUGUAAAGAUGUUUAUGUCAUGAAGGAUGAACAUAAUAUUAAAUUCACUGCUCAAGAUUUAUAUGACAAGAAAGCAGACAAAACAGAGCUUCAAACAUUAAAGACAGAAAUACUUCAAACAUUAUAUCCUAUAGGCUCUAUUUAUACGUCAAUGAACUCUACCAGACCAGAAGUAGUACUUGGUUUUGGAACUUGGACUCAAAUACUCGAAAGUUUUUUGUAUUGUGCACACACUCCAAAGAAAACAGGUGGAAGUAAAACGAUAUCUGUCGACAACUUGCCACCACAUAGUCAUUCUGGUACAACAAACUUUUCUGGCGACCAUAGCCACUCAUUAAGAGACCACCCAUUAUACAACUCAGAGUAUGAAGCUGGCUAUGACGUUUUAUCUCCAGAUUAUAACCAUUCAGCAAAAAAGACUUUUCGACAAACUGAACCAGGAGGAAACCACCAACAUACUUUUACAACAACAUCUACAGGACUAGGUAAAAAAUACAUGCCACCUUACAUGACAGUUUGUGCAUGGUAUAGAAAUGCUUAG